CAAAGCAAAGAGGUUGAAGAGAAGGGGGGGCAAGCCAGUAGGCAUCAGAGACAGAGAGGUAAAGAAAGGAAGAAGAGAGAAUUUGGUUUUUAAAGAUGGGAGCAGAAGCAUUCCCCAACAACGGAGACAUAGAGAUUGCUUCAGCUGCUUCUCCUCAUCCUCUCAUAAUGGGUCUCCAGCCUGUCGCCCUCAUAGACCACGUGGCCCGAGUCGAUUGGUCCUUGCUCGAUCAAAUUCCCGGUGACCGCGGUGGCUCUAUUCCCAUUGCAAUUCAAGAGCUUGAGUACAUUGUAGGAGAGGUGAAAAGUCAUAUGCUUGUUUCCCCUGAUGAUGCCUCUUCUUUGAAGACAAUUGCCGGGGGCAGUGUAGCCAAUACCAUUCGAGGACUUAGUGCAAAUUUUGGAGUUUCUUGUGGAAUUAUUGGGGCUUAUGGGGAUGAUGAGCAAGGCAGUUUGUUUGUAUGUAAUAUGGGCUUUAGUGGGGUCAAUCUAUCCAGAUUGAGAAGGAAGAAAGGACCAACAGGCCAGUGUGUUUGCCUGGUUGAUGCAUUGGGCAAUCGUACAAUGCGACCUUGCCUCUCAAGUGCUGUCAAAGUUCAGGCCGAUGAAUUGACAAAAGAGGACUUUAAGGGCUCCAAGUGGUUGGUAAUGAGAUAUGGAAUAUUCAAUAUAGAAGUUAUUAAAGCAGCUAUUCGAAUUGCCAAGCAAGAGGGUGUUUGUGUCUCAUUGGAUUUGGCUAGUUUUGAGAUGGUUCGAAACUGUAGGUUAUCACUCAUUGAGUUGCUAGAAUCAGGGGAUAUCGACCUUUGUUUUGCUAAUGAGGAUGAAGCAAUGGAGCUAUUGAGAGGUGAACAAAAUGGUGAUCCUGAGAUUGCGCUGGAAUUCUUGUCCAAACAUUGCAAAUGGGCUGUAGUGACUCUAGGUCGUAAUGGGUGCAUAGCAAAGCAUGGAAAAGAGACUGUUCGGAUUCCAGCUAUUGGGGAAGCAAAGGCAACUGAUGCCACUGGAGCAGGAGACCUAUUUGCUAGUGGAUUUUUGUACGGACUGGUCAAGGGAUUAUCUUUGGAGGAAUGUUGCAAGGUGGGAGCAUGUAGUGGUGGAUCCGUGGUCCGCUCCCUUGGGGGAGAGGUGACCCCUGAGAAUCGGCAAUGGAUGUACAAGCAGAUGCAGAUCAAGGGCCUUCCUAUUCCUGACAUCCGCAAUUGUUGACUCAACUUGCAUACAAAUGAUUUCUUUUCAAUCAAUUGCUAUCAUUUAGCAUGUCCUAUGGGGUAGAAGAGGCAGCUAUGGUUGCAUUUUGGGCUAAUUUUAUGAUUACGAGACGAAUGUUUCUCUGCUGUAUUGAUUCUUGAAAACUAAGAAGGCUCUUUUAGAGAGCUAAAUUCUUGUGUGCGCAUAUAUAGUGAACUAUUAACAAGGGAGACAAGAUUUACCUGUAUACCAGACAAACAUUUAUGCUUAA